UAUCCAAUAAUAAUGAUGCAUGGAACUAUUUCACAAUUAUUGGUAUAAAUUUUGUGAAGAGUAUUCAGAUGGCUAAAAUUUAUUGAAAGAUGAUUUAUACAUAUAGUUUGAAUUCCAGUUACUCUGCUGCAGCUUCUUGCUUCGAUUCUUGCAGUAACAAGAAGCUCAUCAUUUUCUCCUCCUCCUCUUCUUCUUCUUCUCCUACUUCUCGGCUGUCAGGUUCGCUGUUUCGACGGUUCCGUUCCUGCCUUUUGUGUUCCAAGGCAAGGAACGAUGCCGAGGUGCGAAGCUGCGGCUUGGAGUUAGGCUUGUGGGUUAGCCUAGGCUACCUAAGCGAGGCGCUUGGUCUUGUCACGUCCGAUGCUGGCCGUGCUUCGUUUAUCUCCUUAUUUACGUUUUGCAGAGAGUAUCUACUGGGGCAGGGAGUUGCGGUGUACAAAAUUUGGAGAGAGUUGGCACCUGUUCGGAUUUCAAAAGGCACUUUUAUGGGGAAGCGUACGGUAGCUAGCGUCAUACCUGCAACAGCCUGCAAAACGUCCUUUCCCAUACCUACGCUAUAACCGUGUUUGUUUUUUUUACUCAUUCUCUCUCUACAUUCAAAAAAAAAAUUCCCAAAUUCUCUCUCGUGUUUUCUUUCUCUAACCCUAAUCAAUAUACAAGUUUCGCCCAAGUUUCUCCAAAUCUUUCUACAGAAUUCCUCAUGUAUAACAAACAGGGGACCGGAAACACGUCGGGAACCGCCGAUUCAAGCGCGGCAGUGUUUAUGGCCGACAUACUACAAAAAUUUGGGGGACCAGAAAAGGCGAUGGAGGCGUUUGCUAUGUUCGCGGCUGUGAUGGGGAAAUCUGUACCGGCAGUUUCAACAUCUGCCGUACCACCACCGGAUCUUUCGGGGGUUUCAACAUCCCAACCGGAGGCCGUCGCGGAGCCAGUACCCGAUAUACCAGAAGCCGUCACAGAGCCCGACACUACUGUUCCAGAAACGACCGCCGCAGAAACUCAUGAAGAAGAAGCAGAUCUGGCAGCAGGGUUGGAGUUGUUGGCUGUGAGUGAACCCAGGUUAGAUUCUGCCACUGAGGAAGAAACCCCUGGUGUUUCCGAGGGGGUAGGUCCUAUUAUCGCCGCUGUGGAUUUUGUUGAGGGGGAAACCCCUGGUGUUUUGGAGGAGUUUGUUGAGGGGGAAACCCCUGUUGUUGGUAAUGAUGAUCCAGAGGGCGACGAAGCCCUAAAUUCUGAAAGAAACUUAGCGGGGGAAACCCCAGAAGUCGUUGGGGGCACCGAAUCCCAAAUUGUUGAGGAAGAUGUCAAAGAGGGGGAAACCCCUGAGAAGUUUGUGGGUAUUGAAGCCCACGUUGAACAAGAGUUGGUUGGGGUAGAAUCCCCUGUUUAUCUCAAGGGGACGGCCCCUUUUAUGUCUGAAGAGGGAGAAGCCCUCGUUACUGAUGCUGAACAAGACCCUGUUGAGGACAGGGUUAAAUUGAUUGUGGAUCUGACGGAUGUCCCAGAGGGGACGAAUUUACCGAUCGACUCAAGGGACGCAAUAAGGCUAGCUCGUCGGAGUUUACGUGAUGAAAUCGAGGAACACGUUCCACAAACAGAAGAAAGGUCGUUGGGUCUAGAGACCGCAGCACCUGAGCAGGUAUCUCUCCUAGACCUAGCGAUGGGGAGAACGACGAGGAGGAGCGCCGCCACACGAUCGAAAGGAAGAGAAAAGGAAAACAGAUUGCUCCUUCCUCGACCAAGAAAGUAAAAGGGAAGUCCGUUGAACCCUCUCUCUCUUCACCUACUAAGGUUCCGUACGCUGCUGAGUCCGAAAGCCCUGAUGGGUCCGGCGACUCCGAAGAAGAACAAGAAGAGGAGCUCAACUUCGAGCCAAAGAAAUCUGGAUCACCAAAGAACUGCUGAACGAGAUGAGGAAGUUUGCGGACCCAAAAUGCGCCGCCAUACACAAAGAUAAGAGUCGUUUGGGAAAGGUUGCUAAGUCCGGGAAGAUGUAUGACUCAGCGGAACUCAAGGAGAUAGCGUCUAAUGACGAGUUUCGGGGGUAUAUAGAUGCAAUCGGCUUUGACUGGUUGCUAAAGCAUAGCACCCUUGAGGUUCCGAUAGACUUGGAACGGGAAUUUUUCUUGACUUUUCGGUUUAAAUCCACCACAGACUUGGAGGCCGAUUCCGUUAGCUUCCGGCUCUUCAAUGAAGAGCGUGUGAUGAGCAUCCGUGAGUGGACUUUACGGAUGGGUCUGCUGACGUGUACAGAAGAUGAGGAAGGAUUAUGGAACGAGAGAAUGGUCGGCCCACCGAAGUUCACACCAGGUUUCAAAGCGCAGAGUGCAUGGGAGUUCUUGACUCACCAGAGGGUGGGUCAAUUUAAAACUAGUUUUUCGAAGGCCCACCAUAUCGAGAACAGGAUCCUGAGGUUCGCCCAAACCUUCAUUAGCUACAAUCUGAUGGGCACAGCCAACAACGCAUUGACGACUCCCGACUUAUACUUUACCUGGUGCAUGGCCACGGGUGUACGUGUCCACUUGGGUUACUGGUUAGCUCAAGCCUGCCACCAAGUAACUGCCAACCCUUCCCGACAUCUAUGCACAUGCCAUCUUCUUGGGGCGUAUCUACAGCAGAACGUGAUUAUGAAGAUCCACAAGUCCUGCCGCGAAGUGAAGAUGUGUCUACCCCCAGAGGUUUUCAACAUGGAUUACUUUUUCAACAAGGGGUAGCUAAUCACGCACGGGAAUGACGUCUAUUUCUAUGAAGUUGGUAAGUCGGAAGCCCAGAUCAAACAGGAGCAAGAGGUGGCGGGUGUGAAGGAAAUUACUGAUGUGGAUGAAGCCAGAAGAUCAGUCGUGGAAGUUGAAGAAAUGAGGAAAGAAGUCGGAUGGAUGAGAUCUGAAAUAAAAAUGGUGAGAGAAGAGAUCGUGGCCCUACAGGGCAAAGGAAAGGACAGUGCUGAAAGUGAGAGAGUACGGAAGGAGGUCACGAGAGUAAGAACGGAAGCACGCAACAUGCGAAUGGAAGUUGGGCAAGUUAGGAAAGAGAUCGUGGCCCUUAAAGGGCGUGUUUCCGAUCUAGUGGCUACAUCAGCCAAGUCUACUGAGAAGAUGACGGAGGCCGUCGCCCUGAUGAUGACGAUGGCAAAAUGGUUUUGAAGGAAGUUCCCAGACGCACCAGAGUUGCUUCCUGGGCCUGGGAGCACUUCGGAAUCACCGGGGCAGGGAAGUUUAUCUCUUCAAAAGCUUUCCCAACCGACAAAACCUCUAACCGCCCCGUCUGCCAGCAAGCCCGUAACUGUGAAAUCAAUCCCCAAAUCUGUGACCCUGAAGACGACCGUACCCAUACAGACAGCAGAGACAACAGAGAAGCCGGAAUCGCCGGCGAGAAAGAAAGCUAAAGUGACCCAACAGGUCGUGCUGCCCAAGUCUGGCUCCCGAGGGGGCCAGACCCCGAAUUGAACCCCCCUAACCCAAGUGUGUGAAGAUUUUUCGCCAAGUCCGGGAAAGGAGGAGGACAGUUGCGUGGACCUAGGAAAUAGGCGCAUGAGUGGACAUUAUGCGGAAAAUUGCUUGACGGAGAAAACCUCGGAGUUGAAGGGUAGAAUAGAGAUUUCUACGAAGACUCUAGAAGGCUA